UGCGAGUCAUUCCCGGAAGCUCCUCUCGUGGAGCAGUUUGGCCUCUCCGCACUUGGGUAAAGCGAGGACUCCGGAAAGAGCCCUGCGCGUGUCUUCCUUCUUUUUUGGGGGCGGCAAGGCAGCUUUUCUCUCCGUUUCUCCAGCGGAAGAUCGCGGGGGAGAAGCGCCCUUUCCUUCCAGCAGAGCAUCCUGAGCGGUGGAGAGAAAACGCGACGGAGCUGGGAAGCAGUCGCUGCUGUGUGAUUCAGGAUGGGAUCGAAGCUCUCUGUGGAUGAUUCUGUCCACGUGGUCAUAGUUGGAGGUGGCUUCGGAGGGAUAGAAGCUGCUCUCCUGCUGCAGGAUUGGGGGAUCCACUUCAUCCUGGUGGACAUGAGAGAUUCCUUCCACCACAAUGUGGCUGCUCUGCGGGCUUCUGUACAGAGUGGGUUUGCCAAAAAAACCUUUAUCUCUUUCUCGGAGACCUUCAAAGAAAGUUUCCAGCAGGGCAAAGUAGUCGGGAUUGAUCUGGAGAAACAUCAGGUCCUACUGAACGAUGGUAAAGUGCUUUCAUUUUCUCACCUGAUCCUGGCCACCGGGAGUGAAGGGCCUUUUCCUGGGAAAUUUAAUGAACUUGUUAAUAUGGAGAUGGCUAUUCAGGCUUAUGAGAACAUAGUCAAGGAGGUGGAAAAAGCUGAGCGGGUUGUCAUCGUAGGUGGUGGUUCUGCUGGGGUUGAAAUGGCUGCGGAAGUUAAGAUGACAUAUCCUAACAAAGAAGUCACACUCAUUCAUUCAAAAAUGGCAUUGGCAGAUGACGAACUUCUUCCCAGAGUCAGGGAGGCAGUGAAGGAGACUCUUACACAGGAGGGAGUGCAUCUCUUGUUGGAUGAGAAAGCUUCUAAUCUCCAAAUGCUGCCUUUAAACCAAUUCAAGGAGAACAUGAUUGUGAAGACUGAUAAAGGUGCAGAGGUUACUGCUGAUCUGGUCAUUCAAUGCACUGGAAUAAAAAUAAACUCUUCAGCAUACAGCAGCGCAUUCAGAGACCAGCUGGCAAAUAAUGGUGCUUUGAAAGUGAAUGACUACCUUCAGGUUGUGGGAUAUGACAACAUCUAUGCCAUUGGUGACUGCUCAGAUGUGAAAGAACCAAAGAUGGCAUAUCAUGCUCAGCUCCAUGCAAAUGUUGUGGUGACCAAUAUUAUCAACAGCCUGACCCAAAAGCCUCUGAAAGCCUAUAAACCAGGAUCGCUUACCUUCCUAAUCUCCCUGGGAAGUAAUGAUGGAGUGGGACAAAUCUGUGAAUACUAUGUAGGACAUCUUUUAGUGACUGUUCUCAAAAGUAAAGAUCUUUUCAUCUCAAAAAGUUGGAGGAAGAUGCGUCAGCAUAUGCCAUGCUAGGAAUGGAACUGCCAUAAACAAAAACAGAACUGAUGGUACCUGUGAUGAAUUAGAAAUGUGUAUUUUGCCCUAUUAAAUCAUAAUUACCUUUAGGAAACUAAGCACAAAACCUAGCUAUACAGUGCACACAUACUGGUGUGCUGUGCCCUGUAUAAGCACUCUUAAAUGUUCUUUAGCACUUUAAUUCAAAUGCUUAUGGGAAAAGAGUUAAUGAUGGGGAAAAAUACCAGUGCCCUCAAGGUUGAGAAAAUAGUAGAACUGUAACUAACACUGAAUAUACUAUUAAAGGGACUCUCUAUGCUAAACCAGCAUUCUGUAAAAUAUUAUUUAAUUUUUUCCUUCUUUCCUUCCCUUCAGUUCUUUCCUCUCCAUCAUUUAUUCAUGCCAAAUUCUCUAAUAUUUGCUUGUACUACUAAAGUUGAAGAGACCAAAGUCAGUGUUGCAGAGCUCCCCCUUCCUUUGGUAAAUACUAAUUGCAAUGUUGAAUUUGAGAAUAUUAACAGAACUGUCGUCUUCUUCCAAGAAACUUCUUAUUUCUGAAGCCACUUUAAAUUUUUAUGGAAACGAACAAGAAUAAUACGCUCAAGGUUAAAGUUUUAAAAAAGCAUGAUGCUAUUUUUUAUCAAAACAAAUAAGAUGAAAUAUUUUUCAGCAAUUACAGGUCAUUCUGGGAUAAAACAGUAAAGCACCAAGUGAGUCAAAAUUAUCUUCUCCAUCAUGGAACAUAGACACAACAUAAAGAUUUCUAACUACUAGUGGGAAAAUAAAGGGAAGCAAACAAUCCACAUUUUUCAACUGAUGGAUGCAUUGAAUUGUUUGCUACUCUAUAAUGAGAUUAUUUUUUUUUAAAAAAAAGAUCUAAACUAAAAUAACUUGAGACAUUAAAAUGUAGUGAACUGGGAAAAUAAUUUCUUGGGGAAGAUACAAAAUGUAGAGGGCCUAAAGCGUGAUAUAUCUGCAG